UUUUGAUACGAUUUUGGGAAUAUGCGAGAGCAGGGACGACGGACAUUGGAGGAAGAUUCCUGAGUCAUGCGCAUCUCCCUCUCUCUCUUUCUUUUUUGCAACUCAAACUGAAAUAACCACCCUUUCAAUCUAACCUUCCUUUGCUCUUUCUAUUUAUUUGAGCAUUUCAUUCCCUUCUAUUUACACCCAACCCACCUCCUCUUCUUUCCCCAGCUCCACCAAUCUUCCACAUCUUCCCAGUGGUACCCUUUUAAGAGGCAUAUUGGCUCGCAGUUGGGACACUUCUUCCAACAAUUGCCAGCAAGUGUUUGCUGGCAAAAGAUUGCUUGCCUUAUUACAGAAGAACUUAUGAGUCCCCAGAGUACAUUGAACCCAAGUAGAGCCCUAGAGGGCAUGCACGGGGUGCGUGUGGUGCCGUAUUCACUGUUUGAAUCAGAGGAGACUACUCAAGAUGGGGACCUUCCUCACUCAACUUGUGGAAGUUCGGCUGUUGGAGCAAAUCAGCAACUUUUUAUGCAGCGAGUAUGGCAGCAAAGACCGCCAUGUUUGAAGCCCAUCCAGGGCUGCAUUCAAGGCGAUCACAGUGUUGUAGAAACAGUUGCUAAUGUGCUCACUUCACUUCCUUUUAUAGUUCUUGGAAUCCAUGCCCCCAGGAAGAAUCUAAAUUCAAAGAUAUAUGCUAAUUCAUUAAUUGGAGUUGGAGUCGCCUCAAGUUUAUAUCAUUCUUCAAGAGGAAAACUAAGGCAAUAUUUAAGAUGGGCCGACUAUACAAUGAUAGCCACAGCAACAGUAUGUCUCUCAAGAGCCCUCAGAAAUGAAAACCCAAAAUUGCUGAUGGCAGCUUCUGCAUUAUUUCUACCGAUCCAGCCUCUGAUGGUUUCAGCCGUUCACACUGGAAUAAUGGAGGUAGCAUUUGCGAAAAGAGCAUUGAAAGAUCCAGAGCUAAGGACGGCCCACAAUGUACAUAAGAUGUCAUCACUAGUGGGAGGUGUGCUUUUUGUUGCUGAUGACAUGUUCCCUCAGACUCCCUUCCUUCAUGCUGCCUGGCAUCUCGCUGCAGCUGUUGGCGUUAGCACCUGCAAUAAGCUUCUGGAGUAGUAGUUAAACAGCCAAAGAGAGCUACUACUACAUCCAAAUUUCAAUCCAAUCCAUCAUUCUUUUGACUCAAUUGGUGGGUUACCAUGAUUAUUAUGUAACUAAAAUGGUAGAAGGGACAAGGUACAACUGUACAACUGUACAACUGUACGAGGGAGGGUAUUGUCUCAGAAGUCAGAACAGCUUCGUGCAUGGGCUCGACCCCUAUUGGGGUAAUUUUCAGAACGUCUUAAAGAUGUAGUCAAUCGUCCGUUCAUUAUGUUACUCAAGUUUGCCGUGUAAAUAUGAUACUGGCACCCAUUAUUUAGUAGCUUCUUUAUGAACAUAUUUGCGAUACCUUCUCUA